AUGAAGCGCGCCGUCGAUACCAGCGCCGAUGUGCCAGACAAGAAGGCACGCGCCGACUCCUCGGAUGGCGACGAGCCCAUCCUGCCCAUCAAAGCGCCAGGCACGUCCACGGCGAAGGGCGCACCGAAACCUAAACUGGCAUCCAUCUUCCAGCCCCGCUCCACGUCUUCUGCGGCUGGCACAUGCUCGUCAGGAUCAGGACUGAAGUGGCUCAGUCCGAUCGGACCGGCCAAGAGCUGCUUACACGGAGUAUACGGCGAGCCAGCGCCCAGCGCCAAGGUGGCGUUCUACGACUUGGACGGCACCAUCGUGCGGCCCAAGGGCGGCAAGACGUUUCCGAGCAAGACGGACGAGUACGACUUUGAGUUCCUCUUCUCGUCGCCACGAGCGGGCCUCGGCGGUGCCUCGUCCGAUCGCUCCGUCGUAGCACGUAUCCGCCAGCAACACGCACAGCAGUUUGCGAUCGUGCUCAUCACGAAUCAGAAGCAGACGGCGUACUCGGCGAAGAACGGGCUGGUCACAUGGAAGAAGAAGAUGGCGCACAUUGCUGCGGCAAUCGAUGUGCCCAUGCGCGUAUUCGCUGCGCUCGGGGACGAUGCUUAUCGCAAGCCGAGACUGGGUUCGUGGGUCGAGUUUACGGAGCGCUGGAACGGAGGCGUCGAGGUGGACCGGGAGAGCAGCUUCUUCGUGGGCGAUGCGGCGGGGAGGAGCAAGUACCGCGACCACCAAGACACGGACCUCAAGUGGGCGCUCAAUGCGCGCAUCAGCUUCUUCACGCCCGAAGAGUACUUUCUCGGCAAGGACAAGGAGUACGAGGUGCCCGCGCGACCGUGGAGCCCGUCGGCACUAAAGCCUGGUCCAUCGCUGAAAGGGCUGGUCGCGCUGCCGGAGGACGAGAUGAUGAGCGUCGAUCUGUCCGAGCUGAACGAGGGCAAGGACGGCCGUCGCAUUGUUCUGGGCGACGGCGCGAGUGGGUCCGAGAUCGUGCUGUUCGUCGGCGCGCCUGCGUCGGGCAAGACGUUUCUGUUCCAGCGCGUGUUUGCACCCGCGCACUACGUGCAUGUGAACCAGGACGCGCUGCGCACGCGCGACAAGUGUCUGCGCGUCGUCGCCGACACCAUCGCCGCGGGCCAGUCGUGCGUGGUGGAUAAUACGAAUCGCGACCGCGCGACGCGCAAGCACUACAUCGAGCUGGCCCGGCAGACGGGCGUGCGCAUCCGGUGCGUCUACUUUGACGUGCCCAAGCACGUGUGUGUGCACAACAACCACUUUCGCGCACACCACGGCCCCGCGGCCGACCACGAGUCAAAGCGGGAGAUCUUGCCCUUCACUGCGAUCGACAGCUGGUUCAAGCAGGUCCAGCCACCAAGUCGGUCAGAGGGGUUCGAUGCUGAUGUCCUGCGCAUCACUUGGCGCUUUCACGGCAAGGACGAUGUGCAGACCAAGUACAAUCUGUACUACCACUAG